AUGAUACAUGGCCCUUGCGGAACUCAGAAUCCUGGGUCACCGUGCAUGCAAAACGGAAACUGCAGUAAGCGUUUUCCGCGUCCGUUUGUGGUUGACACAAUCAGUGGAAUCGACGGAUAUCCAUUGUAUCGGCGUCGUUCUCCAGAUGACAACGGCAGAUCAAUCAUAAUGAAAGUCAAGGGAAAAGAUGUCGUCGUGGAUAAUCGCUGGAUCGUUCCAUAUUGUCCACUUUUGUCGAAAACAUUCUCAAAUCACUGCAAUGUUGAGUAUUGCAACUCCAUAAAAUCUAUCAAAUAUGUUUGCAAAUAUGUGAACAAAGGGAGUGACAUGGCAGUGUUUGGCAUUGCUGAUCCAAAUGCAAACGAUGAGGUGAUGAAAUUUCCACUUGGACGUUACGUGAGUUGUAAUGAGGCAAUUUGGCGGCUGUUUUCAUUUACAAUUCAUGAACGUCACCCGACCGUCGUACAUUUGGCGGUUCACUUAGAGAACGGCCAGCGUGUAUACUUUACGGAAGCGAACGCAGCGCAAAGAGCAGAACGACACCCAGCGACGACAUUGACAAAUUUUUUUUCGACAUGCGUAAGCGAUCCGUUCGCGAGGACUUUACUAUAUUCGGAAAUGCCACGCUAUUAUACAUGGAAUGCUGUAUCAAAAAAGUUUCAAUGCAGGAAGAAAGGUGAUUGUGUUGCUGGCUUCGCAGAUGUCUAUUCGACUGAUUCCCUCGGACGAAUAUACACGGUUCAUCCACGCCAAGACGAAUGCUUCUAUCUUCGCUUACUUUUGGUGAAUGUUAGGGGCCCGACAUCCUUCAAUUACCUGCGUACCGUCAAUGGUGUACUGUUCACAACUUUUCGGGAAGCUUGCCAAUGCUUGAAUUUGCUCGAAAACGAUUCACAUUGGGACUUAACACUCGCCGAUGCAACCGUUUCUGCGCCAGCAAAUCAAAUUCGUACGUUGUUUGCGAUCAUCAUAGCCACAUGUAAUCCAUCGAACCCGAAUGCAUUGUGA